AUGAAUCCUCAAGUCACAAACUUAGUUGUCAUGGUUGUCAUGAUGCAACUUUCUCGUCGUAUAGAUAUGGAAGAUCCAACUAUCGUCACCUACAUUAGAACCGCUUACGUUGUAUCCGUAGUUUCUUCAUAUUUAAUCUAUCAAUUAGUUAAACAAAAGAUCUUAAGCAAGAAUGAUACUACUGAAUUGAAAAUUUUUACUCCAAAGAACCCAAUGAAUCCAAACGAUACCGAUAAAGAAGAAACCACCACAGUUAGAGACUACGAUUUACAACAAGUCGAAUCCGCUAUUAAAUCAAUUUACAGUGGUCUAGCAAUGAUGGGUUUCAUGCAUCUAUAUUUGAAAUAUACCAACCCAUUGUUCAUGCAAUGUAUUAACCCAAUUAAGUCCGCUUUAGAACACAAUGAAACUAAGAUUCAUUUGUUCAACCAUGAAGCUACUGGUGAAUUAGAAAGACCUUUCAAGACUGCUAAUUUGAUGGAAUCUUUAUUCGGUGGUCAAAAGCAAGAAGAACAAGAAGAAGCUGAAAAACCAAAAAUUGAAGAAUUAAAGUCUGAAUAA